AUGGAACUCAGCAGCAGUGACGUGAGUCAAGUCAAAUGGUUCAACCCGCACGGCGACCCAAGCAAUGUGGGAAUCGCGUGGCAGCGAUGGCUGCGUAGCUUCGAGCUGUAUGCAGUCGGACGAGGGGUGAAAAAUGCCGAGCAGAAACGAGCGUUGUUGCUACACUGUGCCGGGACAGAAGUGCAGGAUAUCUUCUUUUCCUUGGAGGAAGAAGAGGGGUCAGACGCCUACGAGAAAUCAAAGAAAACCCUGAGCAAACAUUUUCAGCCGAAAAUCAACGUGCCGUAUGAGCGGUAUUGCUUCAGGAGCAUGGCGCAGGAGGACGGCGAGUCGAUAGAGCAGUUCAUCGUGCGGCUGCGGCAACGAGCUGUUCGCUGCAAUUUCCAGAAUGCAGACGAGGAAAUUCGUGACCAAGUGAUUGAAAAAUGCAGAUCACACAAGAUCCGUGCCAAACUGUUGAUCAAAGGACAUGAUCUAAAGCUGGAUGACCUGAGGACAAUCGCGGUGACAGUCGAACUAACGGAUAAACAAACGAAACAGAUGGACGCCGGAGCACACGGGCCACAAUGCGGGAGUAACACCCACGGAGCUAGCGCCAACAUCUUCACCAAUCCCAGUGUUAAUCACUGGUGCUCUGUCCCCGAGAUACGGACCCAGUGUGGUGCCUGGGGCCUGGAUGAGGCCCAGUGCGACCAGAAGAUUAUUGAUGUGGCUGUCCCAACACUGAGUGGCAAAGGAAAUGACAACUGUCGACGAUACAACUGGACUGGUGUGGAGGUAACGAUCAACACAACAAGAGGAGAACUAAACCAGACCAUCAUUGACUGCAACGCAGGCUGGGACUUUGACCAUUCAGUGUACAAAUCCACUAUUAAAGAACAGUUUUCUGUUGUUUGCGACCAAGCUUUGCUGAACGAACUACCGCUGACAAUCUUCGGUGCCGUGGGGAUGGUGGGAGUGGUCGUCUUUGGUGCUAUAGGGGACAGAUUUGGCCGUCGCCCCGCGUUCAUUAUUUGCCUGAUCACACAGACGUUGACUGGACUAGUCGCUUCAUUUUCUCCGUCGUUUACCGUCUAUUUUGUCGUCCGUACUUUUACGGGAUUCGUCAAUGGGAGCGUGUUCUACUGUAGUUUUGUUUUACUCAUGGAAAUGAUUGGCCCGUCCAAGCGGAACCUUGUUCGUGUCUCUCUGAUGUGUAUCGGCGCCGUUUGUAUGAUGAGUUUAGCGGGCUUUUCGUAUUUCAUCCGUUGGUGGAGAGGCAUGUCCAUUGCGAUGGCCAUAACUGCGAUUGUCUUGGACUUCUUCAUCCCGUUUAUUCCCGAGUCUCCGGCCUGGCAGCUGACAGUCGGUAAGAUUGACCAGGCAGAGAAGACCAUCCGGAAAAUGGCGCGAGUGAACAAAGCGGAACUACCGGAAAAGCUCUUCACCGACGAAGAUAUCGCUGAACUCAAGGGUAUUAAGCAAGCGUCCAUGAUCGAUCUUCUGAAAUCACCA